AUGCAGGAACCUGGACCUGCGGAGCGACUGACUGGCGAGGGUGCCAAGGUUGCCAUCUACUUUGGAGCCAUGCAGGGGGGUGAGAUGGGACCUACUGUUGAGUACGUCCACGCCGAGGCGAUUCUCCACACGUGCCCUGAAUUCCUCCAGAGAGUCACUAAAUGGGGUAUCAUUUCUCUCCCAUUCGCUCCCAAUGAGACCAUCGACGCCAUGGUCCGUUUCUUCUACACUGGUAAAGUGCCUUUCCAUGAGGUACACAAGUUCACUCUCCGCCCGGACCUCGAAAGUGCCUAUGAUCUUGCCAUCCACGUCUAUUCCCAGGCCGUCUACAGCGAGAUCACUCCAAUGAAGGAUCAAGCGACAGCGUAUAUGAAAAGCCUGUUUCAAUACAUCGAGCCCGCCUACAUGCUGGCCUACACUCACAGUGUGCUUGAGCCCUUGUACCCCGAGCUCAACUUUAAGUGGGUUGCAGUCCAAGCGGGUCUCAGCAGCAACUACGAAGUCAAUGACAAACUCAUGAAGGUCGUUGAUGCUGAGCGCGAUGAGGAUAUCAAGCGCUUCAAGGAAUCUGUCGCCCGCCGUGAGCGUGCUUGGACCAAGAUCAACAAAGAGGGCGAGGAGGAGGGGGAGUCCGUUGGAGACACCGAGGCCAACGAAGCAACCGAAGUUGCCGUCGAAAGUGAGAGCGAAGGCACCGACGCUGAAGAGGCUGAGGCUGAGGCCGACGCUGGGACAGACGAUGAGUCCCAUGACAGCAACGGCAAGCUCAAAAUUAUCGGAGCCGACGGACUGAUCAACCUCGAUCUUGCCAAUUACCCACCCGGUGUUCACCGCUGGUAA